AUGGAGCUAUUACUAUCAGCCGGCAAGUACCUGCGUCAGUUGACGCGUCCCGUCUACGUAUGGUAUCGAAUAAUCAUGGACUGGUUCUUUAUGUUCUCAUUCGGAGCAUUCUCCGUACCCCUAAACUACUUAACUGGUAAUGACCAUGGCGCAUACUCGGCCACUAUGACUCGUCUCAAUGGAUUCCCGCUUCCAAGUGUUUUGACUGAGACCGCUCUAGAAAGAAUCAGAAAUUUCCCCGUUGAAAUGGAUGACGUAUUCAUCGUGGGUUUUCCGAAAUCUGGUACGACCUGGUUGCAGAUUGUAUUGUCAUCGUUGUAUGAAGAUUGGGGCACAUGCCGAAUGAACUCACAUGGCCGAGUACCGCUGUUAGAGAUGCCCACCGUGCCUGGAGACAUAAUAUACGGUUCGUGGUUGGAUCACGCGAUGGGUUGGUUAGAUAACGUAGAUGACAAUAUUUUAUUUAUAACUUACGAAGAUACGAAAAAAGACCCUAACAAAAUGUUCAGAAAAAUCGUUGAAUUUAUAGGUCGGCCCGUAAGUGAGGAUAAAUUUAACAAAGUGAUUGAAGCUAGUGAUUUUCGAAAUAUGAAGAAUAUCGGUCGCGAAAAGCUGUCAAUGGCAAGAUUUUUUUACGAUCAUAAAAAAGCUCCAUUCUUUCGCAAGGGAAUUGUUGGAGACUGGAAAAACCAUUUGUCAGAGGAAGAAAAUGACGCAUUUGAUCGUCAAUUCGGACAAAAAUUGAAGGCGAGAAACUUGGAUUAUUUGUACCAAUGA